CUCGCGAUCUCGUUCACGUGAGAGUCUCGCUUAAAAACAAAAUGGCGGCUAUACAACCAUUGAAAAUAAAUGGUAAUAAAUGCGUUUUCUUUCUGUUAGUUGUUCUCUAUCAUUAUAGAUUAAUGGAUUUACAAGGGGAACGAAGUGUUAUUGACAAUCACGACACAGAAGCAAUCGUUAACAGACGUGCAACAAUUACAUUGCCUCCAGACAAGAGUAGUUUUGCAUUUGAUUGCAACAAUAUCGGAGAAAUUGAACUCGUUAAGCCUAUGGGUAAAGGGGUUACCAAAGAGACGUAUUUAGGGAAGUACAAAGGAGAGGAGUACGCUGUGCAGUUUGUGACUAAGGAUGUGAUUAGCGUUAAAGAUUGCGUAGGGAAUCUCAAGUCAUGGGAGGUAGCGGCAGGCCAUGCUAGAACAUGUACUGCACUUCCCCUUAUGAAAAUAAUGAAAGGCAUUUUGAUAGCAAUGCAACUGAAUCACCCAAAUUUAAUCCGACUUGUCGGGUUUUGUGCUAAAGGAGAGACUGUGGAAAGUGAGGACUCAGAUAAUUUAUCAACAAAGUCGGGUGUUGUAGCAGUAUACGAAUACGCAGAAAAAUUAACAAUUCAAAAUAUCGAACUCUUAGACUGGGAACAGCGACUUGCCAUUGCGAUAGAUAUGAGUGACAUGCUACAGUAUUUAGAGGAGUCUCGAUUAGGUUCCAUUCUAGCAUUAGAGUUUGGUGAAAAGCACGUUCUUAUGGGUAAGGAUAAUAGAAUACGACUGAUAGAUUUUGAUGACUUUGAUGGAGCUGAAAGAUCGUGUGAUCGUCCAAAGCAUAAAUUGUUCAAGUGCAACUGUGAGAACGGUGUUUGUAAAGGGCAUAAUGCAAAGUCUAAUAUGUUUAGAUUCCAAAGAUCAUUUGCAGAUGCCCUGCUUGACGAGCCAGUCCUCGACAGUAGUAGAAAGGAGAAGAUAUUAAAAAAGACAAGAAGACUUCUUAGAAAAUAUAAUAUAACAGCUACUGUAUUAAAACAAAGACUCACAGCACUACUUUAGGUCAUCGAAAAUGUGUCAUCAAUUCACCACAGAGAAAAUAUUGUACAAAUAGUGACUGCCAUUGAGGGGAAUAGUGCAAAAUAUUUUCCUCAAGGGAAUAUCCUGUCCACUGACAAGUCAGUGGACAGGAUAUUCCCGAGAGGAAAUUUUUUACACUAUUUCCCGAAAAUGUGGCAGUCACUAUUUGUUUUAUUAUAUACCUGAUAAGUACUCUGUAAACAAAAACAAAAUGAGAAGUCUUUUCAUUUCAAUAUCAAAUGUUCACAGGUUCUUAUUGGCAUUUAAAGGCAUUUUACCUUUCAACUCCUAUAAUCUCAGAUUUGGGGGAAGAUAAAAUGUACUAUUGACUGGUCACAUGACCUAACUGGUGAUUAGUACAAUUCAUCUUCCCUGAAAGCAGGGAUUUAGGACUUUCCAGGGAAUUAGUUCAUCUAUUCCAUGUCAUGUGACCAUGAAUAAGCCAAUGAGCAUCUAGAAUACAUUUGAGGUAUAUAAUAAUUCAGAAUAUUUC